AUGAGGAGCCUACUGCGGGUCCUUGUGGCCCUUGUCUUGCUCUCCUGUGUUCCGGCAGUUAGAAGCGGCAUAAAUGACGAAGUAAGAGUCAUGUACAGUUCAUGCUGGCGGCAAAAGGGAGUUUGCAAGACAACAUGCCUGUCAGAUGAAUUGUUUCAUAUUCUCUGCGAUGAUGUAGAUGUGUGCUGUGUAAGAAAAGGCUUUUUACCUCCCCUGGUGGAGCCUGAAAAUGUAGACUACUAA